AUGUUCGGUCUCGUCUCGGUCUCGUCUCGGUCUCGUCUCGGGCUCGUCUCAGGCUCGUCUCGGGCUCGUCUCGGGCUCGUCUCGGGCUCGUCUCAGUCUCGUCCCAGGCUCGUCUCAGGCUCGUCUCAGUCUCGUCUCAGGCUCGUCUCAGUCUCGUCUCAGGCUCGUCUCGGGCUCGUCUCAGUCUCGUCUCAGUCUCGUCUCAGGCUCGUCUCGGGCUCGUCUCAGUCUCGUCUUGGUCUCGUCUCGGGCUCGUCUCGGGCUCGUCUCAGGCUCGUCUCAGGCUCGUCUCAGUCUCGUCUCAGUCUCGUCUCAGGCUCGUCUCGGGCUCGUCUCAGGCUCGUCUCGGGCUCGUCUCGGGCUCGUCUCGGGCUCGUCUCAGUCUCGUCCCAGGCUCGUCUCAGGCUCGUCUCAGUCUCGUCUCAGGCUCGUCUCAGUCUCGUCUCAGGCUCGUCUCGGGCUCGUCUCAGUCUCGUCUCAGUCUCGUCUCAGGCUCGUCUCGGGCUCGUCUCGGUCUCGUCGUCUCGGGCUCGUCUCGGGCUCGUCUCAGGCUCGUCUCAGGCUCGUCCCAGGCUCGUCUCAGGCUCGUCUCGGGCUCGUCUCAGUCUCAUCUCGGUCUCGUCUCGGGCUCGUCUCGGGCUCGUCUCAGGCUCGUCUCAGUCACGUCUCAGUCUCGUCCCAGUCUCGUCCCGGUCUCGUCUCGGUCUCGUCUCAGUCUCGUCUCAGUCUCGUCCCAGUCUCGUCUCAGGCUCGUCUCAGUCACGUCUCAGUCUCGUCUCGGUCUCGUCUCGGGCUCGUCUCGGGCUCGUCUCGGGCUCGUCUCGGGCUCGUCUCAGUCACUCUCGUCUCAGUCUCGUCUCGGGCUCGUCUCGGGCUCGUCUCGGGCUCGUCUCGGGCUCGUCUCGGGCUCGUCUCGGGCUCGUCUCGGGCUCGUCUCAGUCUCGUCCCAGGCUCGUCUCAGGCUCGUCUCAGUCUCGUCUCAGGCUCGUCUCAGUCUCGUCUCAGGCUCGUCUCGGGCUCGUCUCAGUCUCGUCUCAGUCUCGUCUCAGGCUCGUCUCGGGCUCGUCUCAGUCUCGUCUUGGUCUCGUCUCGGGCUCGUCUCGGGCUCGUCUCAGGCUCGUCUCAGGCUCGUCGCAGGCUCGUCUCAGGCUCGUCUCGGGCUCGUCUCAGUCUCUUCUCGGUCUCGUCUCGGGCUCGUCUCGGGCUCGUCUCAGGCUCGUCUCAGUCACGUCUCAGUCUCGUCCCAGUCUCGUCCCGGUCUCGUCUCGGUCUCGUCUCAGUCUCGUCUCAGUCUCGUCCCAGUCUCGUCUCAGGCUCGUCUCAGUCACGUCUCAGUCUCGUCUCGGUCUCGUCUCGGGCUCGUCUCGGGCUCGUCUCGGGCUCGUCUCGGGCUCGUCUCAGAAAGUGGCUCCGUGUAAAAGCAGCCAGAGACAGAGGGACACUGUCCCUUUUGAGCCCACUGCCAACCGGAAGGCUAAUGUCGCUAAUCUGCUAGGGGAAGUCGCCUGGACAACAGGGGGUCUACAGCAAGAGCGGACAGGGGGGGGGGGGGCGAGAGGGGGGGCGGGGCAAGACAGGGGGGGAGAGGGGCAGGCUCAGAGGGCGGGGGAGGGGCAGGAAGGGAGCAGGGAGGGGAGGAGGGAAAGGGGGGGGGGGAGCGGGAAAGAGGGGGAGAAGGGAGGGGGGACUAGGAGAGCAGCGGGGGGGGGGGGGGAGGGAGGGCAAGAGGGGAGGGGGAAGGGGGGUCAGGCGGGGGGGCAGAGAGGGAGGGCAGGAGAGGAGAGGAGAGGUCAAGGAGGAGGGGGAGGGAAAGGGGGGGGGAGAGGGAAGGCAGGGGGGGAGGGGGGGGGGAAAAGAGGAGGAGGGGUCAGGGGGAGAGGGGAAGAGGGGGGAGGAGGGGGGGGGGGGCAGAGGGGACAGAGGGGAGAGAAGGGUGAAGGGGUCAGGAGGGGAAGGGGGGAAGAGGAGAGCGGAGGGAGGGGGGAGGGGGGGAGGAGUGCAGGGGGAGAGGGCAGGGGGAACAGGGAGGGGGGGGAGGGGAGAAGGGGGGAGUCAGGGGAGGGGGGGAGAGGGGGGAGUCCCGGGAGGAGGGGUGAGAAGAGGGGGGAGAGGGGGGAGGGGGGGCCAGAGAAGGGGCAAACAAAAGGAGGAAGGGAGAGGGGACAGGGAGGGGAGGAGUGGAGGGGGGGGGGAGGGAGGGGAGGAAGGCGGGGGGAGGGGGGGGAGAGAUCAGGAGGGGGGGCAGGGGGGGGGGCACAGGGGAAGGAGGAGAGGGAGAAGGAGGGGGAGAGGGGGGGGCGCAAAGAGGGAGAGGAGGGAGGGAAAGGCAGGCAGCAGGGGGGGGGGUCAGGUGCAGGGGCUAGGGAGAGGGAAAGGCAGGCAGGGGGGGCAGGAGGGAGCAGGAAGAGCCGGGAGGGAGGAGGGGGGGAGGGGCAGAAGGGGGAAAGGGAGGGGGAGGAGGAGCGACAAGGCAGGGCAGGGGGCGUCUCAGUCUCGUCCCAGUCUCGUCCCGGUCUCGUCUCGGUCUCGUCUCAGUCUCGUCUCAGUCUCGUCCCAGUCUCGUCUCAGGCUCGUCUCAGUCACGUCUCAGUCUCGUCUCGGUCUCGUCUCGGGCUCGUCUCGGGCUCGUCUCGGGCUCGUCUCGGGCUCGUCUCAGUCACGUCUCAGUCUCGUCCCAUCACGUCUCGGGCUCGUCUCGGUCUCGUCUCGGGCUCGUCUCGGGCUCGUCUCGGGCUCGUCUCGGUCUCGUCUCGGGCUCGUCUCAGUCUCGGUCUGGUUUAG